AUGGGUGCAAAAGAUAAAUCACAGGCAUAUGCGGAAGAUGAAACGAUGGAUACGAUUAGUAUCCUGAGCAGUUCUAUUGAUCAAUUAAGUGUUGGUCCAUCAGAAGACGCGAAUACAUUGGAAAAUCCAAAAACAUGGAAUCAGCAGUUUCAGAGUAUUGUUGAUGAUUUAUUAGAAGUGAAAAAAUUUGGUUCGAAAGAACGCGAAGGACAUUUGAAGAAGCUAUAUAAUCUGUGUACUCGACAUUACGUAAAACGAGUUGCUGAAAAAAUCGGUCCUUUGGAGGAAAUACUCUUAAAGCUUUUUCAUUCUUCACCUUCUGAUACAGAAGUUAUUCUGUCAAUGAGACUGCUAUGUGCUCUAUGUUUGGCUUCAGUGUUUUCAGUAGAGGGACUUUGGAUUGCUACUGAGGGUCGUUUUAAUGCUCUCGUAAAUGACCCUCAUUCGACGGCAGUGAAGUGCGAAGCUAUGCUCUCCUUUUCUCUAUUAACAGUACUUUUGGAUUCUGAGCCUGAUAUUAUGGAUUUUGGUUACCAACUUGCAAGCAUCAUCGAGUCUGAUGGUGCCGUAGUUGACGCAGAGGACAACGAAGACGUCGUUGGCAUAGCUUGCCAAUCUCUCGGACUUUUGGUCACAGGUAUAACCUCCUAUAGUGACUUUGCCUCUUCUGCUGCUGAAGCAGUAGCUGAGCAGUUACAAGCUGCCAGCAUAGACGUACAAAUGGGAGCUGGACAAGCUCUAGCUGCUUUGUAUGAACGGAUUGCGGACACAUAUUCUGACGAAGAAACUUUAAGAGGAUCCAUAGAUAAUGAUAUAUUGCCAGAUCGCGUUCAUUUAGUUUCUAUUCUCCGUGAUCUUUCCACGGAAUCCUCAAAAAGCAUCGCUAAAAAACAUAGAAAAGUCUUACACCAAACCUUCCGAAGUGUCCUUCAAACAAUUGAGAAUCCUGGUUCAUCUGGAAACAUGAAAUCUUCUAUGAGAAUAGGCAAGUCUACGGUCCAGCUUGACACCUGGAAAAAGAUUUUGCGAGCUCAAGGUCUUAAGUACAUCCUCCGAUCAGCAUUUCCUAUUUAUUUUGCAAAAAGCUCCCUUCUUCGUAACUUUAUGGAUUAUUCUGGGUAUGUUGCUGGUAUAGCAAUGAGCGAUCCUGAAUCCGAUUAUGAAGAAGAAGAAGGAGACAAUUACAUUGAGGACAAGACAAAAAGUCUUACAGAUGUGGAAAGGAGAGAGAAAGAACGUACUCGCGACCGACAAAGACGCCAAGAACAGAGAAACAGAACUGACUUUGUUAAUUCUUAUUACUUCUCUUAA